CGGGAGCUGCCUGCGCCUGCCUGCCCUGCCUCUGCUGCCUGCUGCCGGGGUGCCCAGCAGCCCGGGUCGGGAGCUCCCGAGAGGCAGAGUACUAAGUUUGCGGGUCGGAGCUGCCGGGGAUAGGUAUCCAUCCAGAGAGUUAAAAAUCCUGAAGAAUGGCUCUACCUACCUCCAAGUUUCUGGCUGAAAAUUUAAUUUUACUUCUGUUUGUAUUCUCUUCCCUAAGCACAGUAGACACAGCUGUCGUGUGUCCUGAUAAAGAUCCUGAGUUAGAAAACUGGAACCCGGGACACAACGAAGAAAAUCGCGUUGAAAUCCAUAAUGGCAGGAAACUCCUUCUCUCUUCUUCUGCCACUGUCCACUCUAUCCACAUCACUGAUGGAGGAAAGCUGGUCAUUAAGGAUGAUGUGCAGCCCAUCGUUUUGCGUACGAGACAUAUACUCAUUGAAAAUGAUGGAGAGUUACAUAUUGGCAGUGAGAUGUGCCCUUACCAAGGCAAUGUGGUUAUCGUCUUAUAUGGGCGAGCGGAUGAUGGCAGCCAGCCAAAUCCCUACUUUGGGCAGAAGUAUCUUGGAGUAAGUAAGGGUGGCACUCUUGAGAUCCACGGGAAGAAAAAGCUGUCCUGGACUUUCUUAAACAAGACUCUUCAUCCUGGUGGCAUGGAAGAAGGUGGAUAUUACUUUGAAAGGAGCUGGGGCCAUCGGGGUGUCAUUGUCCAUGUUAUUGACCCAAAGACGGGGGCAGUUGUCCAUUCAGAUCGGUUUGAUACCUACAGAGCAAAAGAGGAGAGCAUACGUCUUGCCCAGUAUCUGGGCAGAGUUGCGAAUGGCAUGAUUCUGUCCGUUGCAGUGAAUGAUGAAGGAUCUAGAAACUUGGAUGACUCGGCCAGGAAAGCAAUGACCAAUCUGGGCAGCAAGCAUUUCCUCCACCUUGGGUUUAGGCAUCCAUGGAGUUUUAUUACUGUUAAAGGAAAUCCCUCCUCUUCUGUUGAAGACCACAUUGAAUACCAAGGUCACAAAGGGUCAGCUGUGGCCAAAGUAUUCAAACUAUUCAAAGCUGAGAAUGGAGAGCAUUUUAACGUCUCGUCGACUAGUGAGUGGGUUCAAGAUGUAGAAUGGACAGAAUGGUUUGAGAAGCCUGAUAAAGCGAGAUCUAAGGACAUGGAAAAGCUUUCUGACUUCAAAGCUGCUCAUCCUGAUAAAAUCUGUAGGCAACCCAUUGACAUCCAGGCAAUGACACUUGAUGGAGUUAAUUUAACAACUGAGGUGUUCUACAAGAGUGGCCACGAUUACAGGUUUCUGUGCCACGGCAAGGACCAGACAGGCGAGGGCUGCCAGAACUACAGAGUACGGUUCCUGUGUGGCAGAUCUGUGAAACCAAAGCUUACAGUAACCAUUGACACCAAUGUGAACAGCACAGUCCUGAAUCUGGUAGAUGACGUGAGCUCGUGGAAACCCGGAGACAGGCUGGUGGUUGCAAGCACUGACUACUCCAUGUACCAGGCCGAGGAGUUCCAGGUUCUGCCGUGCAAAUCCUGCAGACCCACCCAGGUCAAGGUAGCAGGGAAAGCAACAUACCUCCACAUUGGUGAAGUUGUUGAUGGCGUUGACAUGAGGGCAGAAGUGGGGCUGCUGAGCCGCAACAUCGUGGUGAUGGGCGAGAUGGAGGGGAGGUGCUAUGAGUACAGCAGCAAGUUAUGCUCCUUCUUUGAUUUCGACACCUUUGGGGGACACAUCAAGAUCGAUCUUGAUUUUAAAGCUACCCAUAUUGAAGGCCUAGAAGUGAAAUAUAUGGGCCAGCAGACGAUGGGACAUUACCCAAUUCACUUCCAUAUGGCUGGAGAUGUGGAUGAGAAAGGAGGUUACAACCCUCCAACAUACGUGAAGGAUGUCUCCAUCCACCAUACCUUCUCCCGCUGUGUCACCGUCCAUGGAUCCAAUGGUUUACUGGUGAAGGAUGUUGUAGGUUAUGAUGCACUGGGCCAUUGCUUCUUUACGGAGGAUGGACCAGAAGAGCGCAACACGUUUGAUCACUGCCUUGGACUGCUUGUGAAAGCCAGCACUCUUCUCCCUUCUGACCGGGACAGCAGGAUGUGCAAGCAGAUCACAGAGGGGGCUUACCCGGGGUACAUCCCUAAACCCAGGCAGGACUGUAGUGCUGUAUCCACCUUCUGGAUAGCCAACCCUCACAACAACCUUAUAAACUGUGCAGCUGCAGGAUCUGAAGAAACAGGCUUUUGGUUUGUUCUGCACCACGUGCCAACAGGGCCCUCGGCAGGCAUGUAUUCCCCUGGCUACUCGGAGCACAUGCCGAUGGGGAAAUUCUCCAACAACCGUGCGCAUUCCAACUACCGGGCUGGAAUGAUCAUUGAUAACGGUGUUAAAACCACUCCAGCCUCCGCCAAGGACAAAAGACCUAUCCUGACACUGAUUUCUGGGAGAUAUAGCCCACACAAAGAUGCUGAUCCUUUGAAGCCCAGGGAACCUGCAAUAAUUGAGCGCUUUAUUGCCUACAAGAAUCAGGAUCAUGGGGCCUGGCUGCGGGGUGGAGAUGUGUGGCUGGACAACUGCCAGUUUGCUGACAAUGGCAUUGGCCUGACCUUGGCAAGUGGUGGGACUUUCCCUCACGAUGAUGGCUCAAAGCAAGAAAUCAAGAACAGCCUGUUUGUUGGCGAAAGUGGAAACCUGGGCACGGAGAUGAUGGACAAUGAGAUCUGGGGACCUGGAGGUCUGGAUCACAGGGGAAGGACCCUGCCCAUUGGACCGGAUUUUCCCAUUCGAGGAAUUCAGUUCUACGAUGGACCCAUCAAUGUCCAGAACUGCACCUUCCGCAAGUUCGCUGCCCUGGAUGGCCGGCAUACGAGUGCCCUGGCCUUCCGCCUCAACAACGCCUGGCAGAGCUGCCCCAACAACAAUGUCACCAACAUCCACUUUGAAGAUGUCCCUAUUACCUCAAGGGUCUUCUUCGGAGAACCUGGCCCCUGGUUCAAUGAUCUGGAUAUGGAUGGUGAUAAAACAUCAGUUUUUCAUGAUGUAGAUGGUUCUGUGUCAGAAUAUCCAGGCUCAUACCUGAUAAAAGAAGAUAACUGGUUAAUCAAGCACCCUGACUGCAUUGAUGUGCCCGACUGGAGAGGUUCCAUCUGCAGUGGACACUUUGCACAGAUAUACAUCCAAGCCUACAAGCCAGCCAACUUGAAAAUGAAAAUAAUAAAAAAUGACUAUCACAAUCACCCACUCUUCUUGGAAGGGGCUUUGAGCAAAAGCACUCAUUACCAGCAGUAUCAGCCAGUUAUAACUCUGAGGAAAGGCUACACCAUCCACUGGGACAAGACAGCCCCUGAAGAGCUGGCCAUAUGGCUCAUCAACUUCAACAAGAAUGACUGGAUCCAAGUAGGGUUUUGCUAUCCUAAAGGGACGACAUUUUCCAUUCUCUCAGACAUCCACAAUCGUCUCCUGAAGAAAACAUACAAAACUGGAACCUUCUACAGAACCUCUCAAAUGGAGAAACUGGAGCACAGAUACCCUAGCAAAGGAUACUACUACUGGGAUGAGGACACUGGGCUGCUCUUUCUGAAACUCAAAGCUCAAAAUGAGAAGGAGAAAUUUGCUUUCUGCUCUGUCAAGGGCUGUGAACGAAUAAGGAUCAAAGCUGUGAUUCCAAAGACAGCUGGUGUCAGCGACUGUGAAGCCAUGGCCUAUCCCAAGUACAUUGAGACACCAAUAGUAGAAGUGCCAAUGCCUAAGAAGUUCUCUAGUGCACAACUGAAGACUAAGGAUCACCUACUAGAAGUGAAAAUAGAAACUUACAAGAAACAGUACUUCCACCUAAAGGAUGACUUUGCAUACAUUGAGGUUGAUGGUGUCAGGUUUUUCCUCACUGAUGAAGGUAUCCAACUGGUUGUGAUUGAUGGACAUCAUGGAAAAGUUGUUGAUCGAGUGACAUUUAAAAACUCAAUUCUACAAGGAAUCCCAGCACAGAUAGAAAAUUAUGUCAACAACAUCAAAGAUCACUCCAUAGUGCUGGUGACAUCUAAAGGAAGAUUCGUUUCAAGAGGACCAUGGACUAAAGUACUGGAGAAGCUUGGAGCAAAAGAGGAUUUUAGGUUAAAAGAAAAAAUGGCUUUUGUCGGCUUCAAAGGCAGCUUCCUCCCUGUCUGGGUGAAGUUGGUCACUAAUGAGGACUCAGCUAAAAUCUAUCAAGCACUGCCAAUUCCUGUGGUGAAGAAAAUGAAAUUAUGAGGACAUACUGCUCUGCCUUCUGGCUGCCAGCACUGCCCCAUGGGAUGGACUACUGACUGCUCACCGCAGACCCCUUGCCAGCCUGCUCCAGAGGUGUAGCAUUUUGUUGUUGCUGUUGUUCAAAAAGAAAUCUUACUGUAAGUAGCUAGAGUGGCCACAUGUGACAGAAAGCCUUCCUCUGUGAUCAGACGAUGUUCUGUGAUCACCAGCUCCUCAGCGGUUGACUUGCUCACUGAUGCCAUGUUGACUCUUGUGUUACUAUGCAAGGUUUGACCUGUUUUACAAAGUGCUGGUUUUAGCAGCACCCCUGUGACAGACUGUGUGACUUAUGUGCUGCCUCUUGAAGGGGGAGUUCUAGGUCUGAAGGCCAUCGAGGAUUAUUGCUUUUAUCAGCUUCUAAGUUGUCCACUUUUUUUUCUCCCCGUGGUAUAUAAGAUGGAAAAAGUAUAUGUGAAUGAUGCUGGUAAAAAUAACUGGUCAGUAAGAGUUUAUCCUGCAGCUUCUGUGACAUUUGAUCAAGCUCUUUGGGAUUAGUGUUGUAUGUGCCAAUCCAAGGCACAGAGAUGGGGAAGAAAUGAGAGGAGCAAACAAAACAUAUCAUCAGAGACUGAUGAAACCACACAUUUCUGCUUGCUCAGAAAACUGCAUUUCUCCUGUGGGUCAGGGUUUUUUAAUAAUGGUUACUCAAAUAGGAAGUUUUCCUUCAACAAGAAGCUGUAGGCUAGAAGAAAAGCAAUGUCAAUUAGCACAUAUUUUCUCAGCCUUUUCCAAGCAGUCACUGCAUGUAAUAAUGUUCCAGGUCAGGCUAGAAGGUUUAUGGCAGCCAGUCAAAGUCAUCGUAUUCAAGGCUUCCAGUUUUUAACUGGGGAUACUGGGGCGUACCUUAUUCAACCUCAAAUAAGGUGAACAGCCAUCACCUUUCCAGGUGAGAGAGGAUGGGAUCAGGCUGCUCUUUUCAGGUGAAAGGGAGUGGGAAUAGACUGCUGUCUGUUGCUUUCUUAUCCUGUCCUGAAGCUGAAGGGCAGGAGUGUCUUGGUCCUCUUGGAAGAGUUCCGUGAGAUCUGGAUGGAAGGUGACAGAGGUCUUACUGGGUAGCUGAAGAGUUAGAGAGGGAAUCCUCAUACACUUGGUGGAUGUCUUGUACCUCCUUUCCCCUUUCUUCAAAGCAGUGUCUGGAUAAUGAAGGCAGUUUAGUGUGAAUCAGGACUCCUACAGGGAUAUCUCCUGAAGCUGAAACAUGAUCUUGUAAAACAUCGUAAGCACUUCUAGAAUUCAGCAAGAGUUCUGUCUGUUGCUCAGAAACGCCCUGAAGACAUCUCUGGAUGCUCUGGCUAUUCUAAGAAAUCUGGGGUGGGGUGGGUGUUUAGAGACAGGAUGACAAGCUUUGCAAAGCACAUAGAAUGUCAAUCUUGAUAAUAAUAUCAGGAUUUAUUUCUCCACUUUGUCUCUGCCUGUCCUCAUUGCUACAGAAAUUAUUCUCGUUGCUGAUGGUUACUUUGUUUUGCUCUGUUUUAGUUGAAGCUCUUGUCAUUAACUUGCCUAUUUUUCCACAGUAUCUAAAAUGCUGUCUUGCAGAUAAAAUGAAAGAGCAAGGAUUUUGUGUGUCACUCCAAAGGCUGGGCAGGUUUUGCACUCUAUAAGCCUGGUUUAGUCAGUUGCUCUGAAAGUCAAAGCAACCACGAGCAAAAUUUAGAUAGUACUGCAGGUUACAUUCCCCUGGGUUUUGAAACUGGAAAUGUUCUUUUCAGUCUUAUUAUGUAGUUGUUUUAAACUCUCUGAAUGUCAUGUGUCUUGUAUUUAAAAAAACCCAACCAAACACAAGAGCCAAGCUUUCCCUCUCUUGUUUCUCAUCAAGAGUCUGUUAAUGGAAGCUCUUUAGGCAUUUGUGCCACUAAUGGAAUGAAUGGACAACACUCGUAAGAGGCAUGUAAGGUGGGUUGGGUUUUCCCCCCACUGGCUUAUGAUGGUUUGAGGAUUUCACAAAGUAUUCCUUGAAAAAAAUCAGUCUUAUGGUUUAACUAUGACCAUCCAAAUGCUGUUCACCUGAUAUUCUCUGAUAGCCAAAACAGAGCCAGAUCCUGAGUACUCUAACCUGGGUUAUCUAAACCUCUUCAUUGUCCAGAUUCAAUUCUGUUGAUAUCAUUGAACUGGAGUUGGUGGAACACACUUGCUUCCAAGAGAUGAACCAAAGCAGUAGUAUUUAUUUCAUGAGCACUUAACAAACAAUGGGCAGGAAAGCUGGGCUCAGAGUGUACCUGGUUUGGGAUUUGGCUUUCUACAACCCCCAGGGCAAGGUUUGCCCUCUCUGGUGCACUGCUUCACUGGGCCACCAGCCAUUUCCCUUCUCCUGCUCUCUGUGAGUGUGUAAAUGCCCAGAAGCAGCACUCCUCCUGGGAGGAGGUGGGUCUAGCCCCUCCAGUGUUCAGCAUCUACGAGCACGCUGCCUUCAUGAUAAAAUGUAGCUUCUAAUUUUACUAGUUUGGCAAUUCUCAGGGUGGAAUUGUAAGGCUUUUCUCUAGGAAAAUCUUAGGGGUUUUUCUCCCCUUUCCUAAAAAAUCUCAGUAAGAGAGGAAAACUGUUAAUUUUAAUGCAAAGUGUGUCACAGGGGGCCUGUUUUGGAGCUCAGGUGGGCCUCACACUGUGAAAAGGGAGCAGGAGGCCUGCAAGCCAGAGGGAUAACAGAGCGUGGUGACAGCGUAGCGGGGCAGCUGCGCCAGGGAGGUGCAAAGGGUUCCCAUCCACCUUCAUGGGAUGAAGUCAGUGCGUUGUUCUGGGGACAGAAUGAAGCCUAAUCACCGGUCAGCAAUAGUUUUGUGCUAUAUGAUUACUUUUUAAUCUUCAACUGUUCUAGAAAUAGCACGAGCACAUUUUGACUAGUGAAUUACCUGCCUGCCUGUUCUUGUACACCCUGUACAGUCCCUGCACAAGCUGCAGUUACCCUCUUUGUGAGUUUUUCUUACUGCAAACAUUCAAAUGUUUCCAUGUUUGCCUACACAA